ACCUGGCCCUACAGGAAGACCAGGGCUCCAGGGGGACAAAGGCGCGAUGGGGAUCCCUGGGCGGCCGGGACUAAAAGGGCAACCCGGAGAGAAGGGUGCUCCAGGAGAAGCAGGCAUGUCUAUCAUCGGGCCCCGUGGUCCACCCGGACAGCCUGGAACAAGAGGUUUUCCUGGAUUCCCGGGCCCUAUUGGCUUGGACGGCAAACCGGGUCAUCCUGGACAGAAGGGGGAGAUGGGUGCUGCAGGUCCCAGGGGACAACCCGGACCCCCAGGACAAAAAGGAGAAAAGGGUCAGUGUGCAGAAUACCCACACAGGCUGUUGCCUCUCCUCAAUUCAGUGCGGCUGGCUCCACCUCCGGUCAUAAAGAGACGCACUUUCCAGGGUGAACAAGGACAAGCAGGAAUCCAAGGUCCUCCAGGGCCUCCUGGCCCACCAGGGCCCACUGGACCAGCUGGACCUGAAGGAACCCCAGGACAGCCCGGACCAAUUGGGCCACCUGGCAAAGUAGGAGAACCUGGGAAGCCUGGCAGAGAUGGAAAGGGCUUACCUGGGCCUCCUGGACCAAAGGGAGACCCUGGGAUUCAGGGAUACCCUGGCAGAAAGGGUGAGGUGGGUGAGUCAGGCCUGCCCGGUGCACAUGGCCUCCCUGGAGCUACUGGCCCCAAGGGUGAAAAAGGGGACGCUGGCAUAAAGGGGGAGAGAGGCAUGCCAGGGCUGCCAGGAAGACAUGGCACUAAGGGCGCUCCUGGGGUGGCCACCGCAGGGGUGAAGGGCGAGCCCGGGACUCCAGGAGAAAAGGGAGAUCCCGGAGUCCCAGGGAGGAUGGGUCCCCCAGGUUUGCCAGGGAAGAGGGGGCAGCGGGGUGAGAAGGGACGAACUGGUGACCCUGGGCUUCCUGGACUCCCUGGCACGAAGGGAGAGAAAGGAAAUGCUGAGAAUGCCCUGGUGGGAGGUAAAGGAGAACCUGGCCCUCCUGGUCUGCCUGGACCCCCUGGACCAAAGGGAGAAGCUGGUGACAUUGGCCGGCCUGGUGCUGCGGGGUCACAGGGGGAAAAGGGGGAACCUGGUUCACCAGGAGACCAGGGACCCAUGGGCCCAAGGGGCCCCAAGGGAGAGCCUGGGAAGGAUGAGAUGAUGGACUACGACGGUAAUAUCAGUGAAGCUCUCCAGGAAAUACGAACUUUGGCCUUGAUGGGACCCCCAGGGCUUCCAGGUGUGGCUGGACCUCCAGGGCCACCAGGACAGAAGGGUGAAAUUGGCUUGCCAGGUCCUCCAGGCCAUGAUGGAGAAAAGGGACCACGGGGCAAACCUGGAGAAAUGGGCCCGCCUGGCCCUCAUGGACUGCCAGGAAAGGAUGGACCACCUGGAAUAAAGGGAGAGCCAGGUCAUAUCGGGGUCACAGGAGAAAAGGGUGAUAAAGGAGAUCCAGGACAAGCUGGCUCGCCGGGUCUUGAUGGCCCCACUGGAGAGAAAGGUGAACAAGGUGACCAAGGGAUGCCAGGACCGUCAGGAUUGCCAGGUCCCAUUGGACUUCCAGGAUUGACAGGAGAGAAGGGUGAGCCUGGGGAGCACGGUGACAAAGGAAAUCCAGGAGAAUCGAUAUCUGGCCCUCCCGGACCCCAAGGCCCACCAGGACCUCCAGGUCUUCAGGGCCUCCCAGGACCAAAGGGGGAAGCAGGGAUUGAUGGAAUGAAAGGAGAGAAGGGUGCCCAGGGUGAAAAAGGAGACAGAGGGCCACUGGGAUUACCUGGUGCUUCAGGUUUAGACGGCAGGCCUGGACCACCGGGUACUCCAGGACCAAUUGGUGUUUCAGGACCAGCAGGACCAAAAGGAGAAAGGGGCAGUAAAGGAGAUCCUGGAGUUAUAGGACCAAUGGGACCAGCAGGGCUUCCUGGUUUACAAGGUCUACCUGGUGACAAAGGCAUCCGGGGGGAGAGGGGCAAGAAAGGCUCUAGAGGGUCUAAAGGGGAUAAGGGAGACCAAGGAGCGCCUGGAUUAGAUGCACCCUGUCCGUUGGGUCUUCGAGGUUUUAAAGGCGAGAAGGGUGAGCCGGGGUUACCUGGGCUGGACGGCCUGGAUGCCCCAUGCCCAUUGGGGGAAGACGGCCUUCCAGUUCAAGGCUGCUGGAAUAAGUGAUGAUUCUAACCCUGGACUGGCCUGUGUGUGUUACUGUACAUAGAAUAUUUAUUUUUAUACAGUGUUCUUUUCUGAAAUGCCAAAAGUUAUGCAUUUUUACAAAUUAUCAAAAAGCUGCAUAUUUUUUGUACAGAAAAUACUAGGUCUCCCUUCUUCCCCAUUUGUCAGUUCUCUGUAUAAUUCUAUGUCUGCAUUACGCUUGUUUUGUCAUGGAGUACAGCUGUAAUAUUUACAUGAUAUUUGUGCACACAUGAUAAAUAUAGGAACUUAAUAAAUUAUUGCAUUAAAAAUGCCCAGAGGAACUGCCUUGUAAAGAUUUAAAGGUAAUUUUAAUUUUUCAAGCUGGCAUCAUUCAAGACUAUUUCAAAAUAUUAUGUAUUUUUUAUUAAAGUGAAAUAUUAACAAAUUUGUGGUGACUAAAUUAAGGUACUGCUGGGGGGAAAAAAAAAAAAAUCACAGUAGCCACUGCACGCUAGGAACUUAGAGAUUCCGUGAUUAAUAAUUAUCAAACAAGGUCUGUUUCUUGAUCAGAUUCAGGCAGCCAAGUGCAGCCUCCGCCAGCUCCUCUAGAGGCUGCUCCUUGGCUACGCAGGAAGGGUAAAACCUUCCCCAAGAGCAGGAACAAAGAGAAUUUCUUAGCCUUUUGCCUCUGGCUAAAAUAGAGCAGCUCCCAUGAGCUGGAAAUAAUAACAAAUAAAAAUAAAACAGAGCAUCUCCCAUGAGCUGGAACAACCCUCCUGACAACAAGCCCCGGUCAGCAAGAAAUUCUAGCAUCUUUCUAAAUAUAGACCUGCAAGUAGCUUAAUUAAAGCCUCAUUUAAAAUUAAGCAUAUGGCUGAAUACCUCGAUGAUACCUUAAUGAAUGUUUAUUAGAUAAAUCAAUCCAUAUGGCUUUUUAAAUGUUAAACAAAGGUCGCAUGCAAAUUUGCGGAGUGUGUGAUUAUAAUUUGCAUACGUACACCGCAGUUAUCCUUCUUGACCUACCUUUGUUAAUGUCUCAAGUCUAAACUACCCAUCAAGAAAAACUACACUAUCAGACUAAAGCGAACAUCACAAUAUGCUAUUCUUAG